AUGUCGCACGAUCAUUCACACGAUCACUCGCACUCGCACGCAGCUGCAGACCAUGGACACACCCAUGAGAUUCUGGACGGGCCGGGCAGCUUCAUGGGCCGCGAAAUGCCCAUCAUCGAGGGCAGGGAUUGGGAAGACCGGUCGUUCACAGUAGGCAUUGGAGGACCUGUAGGCUCCGGAAAGACGGCUCUGAUGUUGGCUCUAUGCAAAGCACUCCGACAGCGCUUCAGUGUCGCAGCAGUGACCAAUGACAUCUUUACCAGAGAAGAUGGCGAGUUCCUGACCAAGCACAAGGCUCUCCCAGCCGAGCGCAUCGUCGCUGUAGAGACAGGCGGCUGCCCCCACGCCGCAGUCCGCGAAGACAUCUCCGUCAACCUCCUGACCCUCACAAACCUGCACCACAAGUUCGACACAGACCUGCUGCUGAUCGAGUCCGGCGGCGACAACCUCGCUGCCAACUACUCCCGCGAGCUCGCCGACUUCAUCAUCUACAUCAUCGACGUGUCCGGCGGUGACAAGAUCCCGCGCAAGGGCGGCCCGGGCAUCACACAGUCGGACCUGCUGAUCGUCAACAAGAUCGAUCUCGCCGAGGCGGUCGGCGCCGAUCUGAACGUCAUGGAGCGGGACAGCAGGAGGAUGCGCGAGGGCGGGCCGACCAUCUUCGCCGUGGUGAAGAAGGGCCAGGGCGUCGAUGCGAUUGUGGAUCUGAUUCUGUCGGCGUGGAAGGCGUCGGGCGCGACGCAGGCACGCAAGUCAAAGUUCGAGCCGACGCUGAUGGAUGACGCCGAGGAGGGCAAGGAGAGGAGCUACAGCAUGUCCUAG